CUCCUUGACGUCAUUUUCCUGCGACGUUGCUCCGGCUAGGAUUUUCUCAUGUGAGAGGCGCUUUUGGUGUAAUUCUCCCUAAAUUCGGGUGAGCGGUGUGAGACUGCGACGGACGCUUGUGUCUGCCCCACCGGUGUUCAUAGUAAACUCAACCGGAAGAGCGGGAACGGGUUCGUAUUUGUUCCGGUCCAGUGUGAUGUGGUGACCGUCCUGUCUGAGCUGUGAGACGCCUGCGGUCUCCGGUCCGAUGGCGAGCCGCCUGGUGGGUAGAUGUGUCCGCCUGCUGAGCUGGUCUUCCCCUCAGGCUGCGGCACGCUUGCCCCCCGCUGCAGCUGGACCUGCUGAGGUUCUGAGGUCUAAGGGCUGGCUGUGGGACACUCAGAGGUUCCUGUGUGAGAAGACAGGGAUCAAAGAUGAGCCGUACCCUACCACUCCACCUCACACCCAGCUGGACGAGCUGCUGGACAAGGCAGCAGCCCCAGAGGACGUCCUGUGUGCGUGGGCGGAGCACGGAGGCAGCGGGAACCAAGCUGCUGCAGCCCUGGUGAGGUGGACUCAGCUGAUGCUAAAGACUCGAGGCGAAUUCGAGGGACACGAUCCAGAGCAGCAGAUGGAUGCAAGGCUGCAGGAUAUGAUGAGGUCUAUGUCUCGACAGGUGUCAGCGGUGUGGAAUGGAAACCUGGUGAAUGUUUUACGAACGCUGUGGGCGAUGAAAGUCCCCUCCACCGAUGCGGCCCUCGGCUCCGUGCAGACGGAGGUCCUGUGGAGACUCCGCAGGCUGACGUACAAACAUCUGGGCCACCUGGUGGACUGGGGAGCGGCCAGGAGAGCUCCCCGGGAUGUGGCGCUAGUCAGCGCUGCUUUAAAACAGCUGGAGCUGCGCUGGACCGAAAUCGCUGACGCCAAGACCGUCAGUGUGUUGAUAGCCAACGGGGGACACAUGUCUCCCACGCUGAUGGACAGACUUGAAGACAAGGCGUUGGAACUGGCGGAGAGCUUCUCAGCUGAAGACAUUCGGAAAGUCUGCGUGUCUUUGGCAGCUCAGAGUCGGAGAAGUGUCCCGCUGCUGAGAGCCGUGUCCUACCACCUCCUCCAGAAGCCCUCGUCAGAGUUCACCACUCCUCUAAUAUUGGACCUGGCCUUUGCAUACGGGAAGCUGAACUUCAACCAUUCUCAGGUUUUUCAGCGAAUGGCCAGUGAGUUGUUGCCCAGAGUUCCUGAGCUCAGCCCGUUGGACGUCAUGCGCUGCGCCAAGUCCCUGGGCUUCCUCAAGUGGCUCCACUUCCCUCUCUUUGAGGCCUUUGCUGAGCACUACGCAGCAAACAGUCAGAAGUACAGCACUCUGCAGCUCUGCAACCUCCUCAUGACCUUUGCCAGACUGGGCUUCCAGCCCAGCGCCGGAGACGAGUUUUAUAACAAGGUUCACGUCGUCAUGGAGGAGUUCCUCACAGGUCUGGAGCCUUUUCUGCAGACGGAUGUGGUUUGGUCGCUGUGUGUUUUACAGCAGGCCAAGCCUCACCAUCUCACCCGCCUGAUUCAACAAAAUCACGUCGACAAACUUUCAGAGGGCAGCCUGGCUCAAGUGGAGAACUAUCGCCUGAAGCUGCUCCACAUCGCUGCCACGCUGAACCUGGAGAAUCCCGGUUCCUGGGAUUCUGCCCGCUCCCCCAGCAUCCCGCCCGUCCUCACCUCCAGCUCCUCCGUGUCUGACCUGCGGAGCAGUCUGAGGGAAGCGUUGCAGAGCUUGGCGGGUGGGGGGGCUGGGGCCCUUCGCACCGGUGUGGACACCGUGUAUGGAUGGACCAUUGACGGGGAGAUGGUCGUGGAUGGUUACAACAAACCCGUCGACCUGUCGACGUUAAAAGCCCCUCACCUUCCAGGUGGAGGAGGGACGCAGAAUUUACCCGAAGGGGCGCGGCGGCUUGCCUUCUUGUGUUGGGAGUUUCCCAACUUUGGCUCCAAAAGCAGAGACCUGCUGGGACGUUUCGUCAUGAUGAAGCGACAUCUUCGGUUGGCUGGCUUCAUCACAGUGGAGGUGCCUUACUACGAGUGGUUGGAGCUGAAGACCGACAGGCAGAAACUGGCCUAUCUGAAGGAUAAGAUGGGGAAGGCUGUCGCCGAGGACAUGGCCAAGUGAACCCAGCAACAUUCGACCAAACCGGAGCGUUCCUGAUCGAGGAGGACCACAGGGAAAACAUACACCCACCCACAGCCACGCUGAGUUCAGAGGAGCAGCGUAGCAUAUUUCCACUCUGGUUCCCUUGGCAACAUGUGGGGCUUUCCCUGUUUCUAUGGUGAUGAGAUGUGGAUCAGGAGAAAGGCAGAAAUAAACACAACAGAGUUUUUAGGAUUUUGUUGGAUUCAGGAGAAAAUAACUUAUGUCUGUGUGUGUCAGCUGAUCAAGGAAUAAAUUGUUUUAUUACCACU